ACUUCCGGAUCAGUCUGCCGGGAUUCCUGUCGCCGAGGCUGAGGCGGGAAACAGGGAGUGAUGGAUUUCUGCAGGCGGCACGUGAAGGCGGACUGCGAGGAGCUGCUGAGCCGCUUCAGGCGGACUCAGUCGGUCCGCUUCGAGAUCUUCUCCGGGAUCUGGAGGGACAUGAAGUUCGCCUCCAUCUUUUACGGCACCUUGUUCCACGAGAAGCGUCCCUUCGCUCGCCUGGUUCUGGACACCGCCUACUGCUACUUCCUGCCACCGUUCAGCUUUCAGAUCCGAGUGGGAGGGCUUUACCUGCUGUACAGCCUGUAUCACUCUCAGGGCGCCGUUCCUCUAGAGCAGAUCCGUUUAGCGCUGAAGGACUGCGAGGAUGUGAAGAAGUUUGAGAAGGAUGCAGUGGACGCUCAGCACUUCGACGUUGUCUUCAUCCUGCACAAGCUGAUGUCCUCCAAAGCCAUCCUCUUCACCGCCAUGCCCAUCACGAAACCGUCGCUUAGAUCCAGAACCACAGAGAACAUCCUCAUCUCAGGUGAGCUGUGGAACGAAGCACUGACCGGCACCACCGCCAUCAGCAGAAACCUGUCUACGCUGGACUCCAUGUCUGAAGAAAAACCAAAGAAAUUAAAAAAAUUCAAGUGGAGAUGAAGACGACUGAAUUUUAACCUACAUUUUCUAAUGACUUGUUUAGUUUUUAAUGAAAAACUGAGUUUUUCCCUGUGGUGUUCUCAUUCUGGACUGUUCAAACAGGUUUUUUUUCACUCUGCUGAUUUUUGAAAUGUUUUUUUUACCCUAAAAAGUUUACGUUCUUAUUCAUGCUUGUCCAGAAAACUUGUUCCACUGUACUUUGCUUUGUUAAGCAGAACUUCAGCUUCUGCAGUUUUGGUUUCUUGUUUUAAACAGAGUUUUGUAAAUCUGA